AUGAAAAAGAAAACAAAAUUAAAGUUUAAGGAUGCAGGUUCGAAACCACAAAUAAAAAAAAUGAAUCCUUUUGAAAUUCACACAAAUAGAAAAAAAUUUGAUAAAUCUAUUUACAACCUGGGAGACGAUGAAGAGUUAACUCACAAGGGACAAACACUUUCUGAAAUUGAAAAAUUUGAUGAUCCUAAAAGCGAUGAUGAUGACGAUAAUGAUGAGGAAGGAAGACUUGAAUCUAAUUUUGUUGAAAAUGCACAUUUCGGAGGAGGAAUAUUUAAAAAAAUUGAUAAUGAACCUAAAAGUAGAAAGGAUUUAAUAGAUCAGUUAAUUAGCGAAUCGAUUAAAAGAAAAGCUGAAAAGCAAAAACUUAAGCAACACACAUUAGACAUGACUGAAAAACUCGAUUCAGAUUGGAAGGAAUUGUUACCUUUAGUUACAGAGAAUAAAAAGACGAAAUCAGAUCCUGAGCCUGAUACUAAAAAGGAUGAUAAAUUUGCUUCUUAUGAUGUUUUAUCAAAAAAACUUAAGUUUGAAGCUAGGGGAAAGCCAAGUGAUAGACUAAAAUCUGAAGAAGAAAUUGCUAAAGAAGAAAAGGAAAAAUUGGAAAAAUUAGAAAAAGAAAGAAUUCAAAGAAUGCAUGGAGAAAUUGUAGAGAAAACAAUUAAACACAGGAGUGCAGAUGAUAUGGAUGACGGAUUUUUGUUGGAUAAUGAAAAUGAAAGUACUUUGGCCUACAAAAAUGGUGAAUUAAAUACUGAAAAUAAUUCUGAAAACAGUUCAGACAAUGAAAGUGUUGAUUUAAAUGAUGAUGGAAACGAGGAAGUUACUUUAGAUACAAAAAAAAAUAAAGACAAAGUUUCAAAUGAUGUUCCUUCUCAAGAAGGAAAUGAUAAUAAUAGGAUUGAAGAAGGUGGUAAUAAUGAUGACGAUGAAGAUGAUGAUGAGGAUGGUGAUGACAACAGUAAUGCUAAUACUGAUGAUGAAGAUGAUGAUGAUGAAAACGAUAGUUAUUCAGAUCUUAGGGAAAGCGAUAAUGAAUCAAUAAAAGAAAAGGAAAUCCCUUUAACAAAAGACAAUAAAAAAGGAAAACAAAACAGUGAAAGUACUCCGAAUAAUCUCUAUGUGCCUUUAGGAGAAAAAGAUGAUAAUAUUAAUUGUCAUUUAGAAAGUUCAAAUAUAACUGUGGAAAUUCCAUUUACUUUUGAUAUACCCACAGAGUAUGAGGAUUUUGAAAAACUACUCAAAAGUUACGAUUUGAAUUAUCACAGUCUUAUUAUUGAGAGAAUGAUUAAGUGCAAUCAUCCGGGUCUUAAAUCCGACCACAAAGUAAAUUUAGAUUUAUUAUUUACUUACCUCCUUCAGCACAUUCAAGACUUUGCUUCUGACGAUUCAAUUAAGAUGAAUAGCUUUAAACUUCUCAAUUUACUGGCACCUUGGUUUUUCGAUCUGACUCAAUGGAAUCCUCAAAGUUGUGCAUCCAGUUUGAUUGACGUAAUAAAAGAAAAAUAUAAAGAUUUUCAAAAAAAUCCAAAAUGUUAUCCAUCUUUAGAUACCUUGGUUUUUCUGAAGUUGGCCAGCAUACUUUUUCCAACGUCUGAUUUUAGGCAUCCGGUGAUCACACCGUGUUUAGCGUUCAUGGAACAAAUUCUUUUCCAGUGUAAAAUUUCAUCUUCCAUAGACGUCAGCACGGGAUUAUUUUUGUCAACUUUAAUUUUGGAAUAUUGUUCUUUUUCAAAAAGGUUUGCACCGGAAGCCGUUAAUUUCUUAUACAACGUUUUAAGGUUGGCACAUGAAAGUGCAGCCAACUUUCCCAUAAGGCUUCCCCUCGAACCUAAAUCAAUGGAAUAUUUUAAUUUAAUUUUAUCGGACAAAACGAGUGAGGUUAAAAUCAAUUCGCAAUUAUCCAUCCAAGAUUUAAUAAAUACAAACUCGUCAGACGAAUUUAAAUUGAAUGCUCUGUCAUUGGGAAUAAAAUUAUUAUCGGAAUUUUGUGAUAAUUGGGAGAGGGGACAACCUGCUUAUUUGUUAUUCGAGGAAUUCGUACCACUUUUAAAUUCCAAACUUUAUCACGGGUGCUUGAAAGACGCAAUCGAAAACGUUUUGGAAAAAAUAUUAAAUUUCAAAAGGGAAAAUUUAAAAAUGUUGGCAUUGGAAAAGAAAAGGCCGAAACCUUUGAGAUUGUACGAGCCUAACAUUGAAGAAGUGCACAGUUUUAAAAAGUACCGUCCGAUGGGUAAAAAAAAAGCAGAAAGAGCAAAAUUAUUACAUAAAUACAAGAGAGAAAUGAAAGGAGCUUUGAGAGAAAUAAGAAGGGAUAGAUCGUUUUUGAGCAAACUUAAAUUUAGAGAAACAGUCAAAAGUUUUACUGUAAAAAAAAAUAUCGGGUAA